AUGUUUUGGCAUUUAAAAAAUAGAAUUAAAGAAGAAACUGGUAAUGAUGUUGAUUUAAUCCCCUCAAUAGUAAAUUCUAGCCAUACUAAACUUAGUAAAGAUAAACAAAGUGAAUCUUCUACUAGUUUAGGCAGCUUUACAAUUGACAGUAGUAAAGAAGAAGAAGAAGAAGGAAAAUCAAAUUUAGACAUGAAACUAGCAGAUGGAAAGGUAAUUACUCCUAAAGAAUUUAAAAAGCUUGAAAGUAAAGAAGAAGAAUGGAGAAAAAAAUUGGAGAAAAAAGAAGAAAAGUUAGUGUUAAAAUUAAAAAAAGCAGAAGAAAAUUGGAAAAAACAAUUAGAUGAAAAAGAAAAAGAAUUAAGGGAAGCAUUAGAUAAAAAAGAAAGUGAAAUAAAACUUUUAGAAGUCGAGAGAGAUAAUUUAAAAUUAAAAAACAUUGAAUUAGAAGAGAAUUCGUUAAAAGCUACAGAUUAUCAAAAAAAAAUAUAUCAAUACCAAGAAGAUAUUGAUCAAUUACAGGGAUUUCAAACUCAAGAAAUGGCAAAAAUAAAACAUUUACUUUUAGUUAAAGAACAAGAAUUGGCACAAAAAGAAAAAAUUAUCAAAGAAAAUACAAUACAAUUAAAUGCCUUAAAAUCGGAAGUGUCUAGACUUAGCAACUAUGAGCAAAAAUAUGAAAAAAUUCAGGAUGAUUUAGAAUCGUUACGUCAUAGUUACGAUUUAGAAAAAUCUCAACUAACGAGUAAACUAGCGGAAAAAGAAGAAGAUGUCAGGCAUUUAAAAGAUAGAGUUAUACUUUUAGAAGAGCGUGCAAAUUCGGAACCCAUGAGUAAAAUGACCAUCGAUGAAAGAAUACAAAAACUAUUGGGAGAAAGAGCUCUUUUCGAAAGACGUUUGGAAGAAGCUCACGUUCAUCUUUUGCAAAUAAAAUCAUCGUGGAGUAGCAAAAUUGAAUCACUCGAAACACAAGUCGGUAGAUUGUGUCGUCAAGCAAGCGAAGAAAGUUCGGAAAAAAGAAGAGCGGAAAAAGAAAGAGAUGAUUUGUUGUUGAAAAUAAAUCGAUUGGAGUCGGACUACGAAAGUGUAAAAUCCGAUUGCGAAUCGACAAGGGAUAAAUUAAAAAUAUUGAAAAUAGAAAAAGAUGCUCUAGAAGAUGAAAUGAAAAUAUUAAAAAUAAAAAAAGAAGAUGAUGUUGAAAAUUAUGAAUUUAAAAUAAGUGCGUUAGUUAAAAGUUCUUCGAGUUUGGAACAAACGCUUGCGGAAAAGAUGAAAGAAAUCGAUGAGAAAGAUGAAAAAAUAAAAAAUUUAGAAAUGGAGGUGAUGGAAAAAAUUAAUACGAAUACGAAACUGGAAUCGAAAUUAAUUGAAAUAAAUAAUGAAUUAGAAUCGGGGAAAAAAUUAUACGAAGAGAUGAAUAGAAAAUUGGAAAAAGAAAAAGGAGAAAAAGAUGACAUGAUGAUGAGAAAUGCUCAAAUAUCUCAAAAAAUUGAAUUAACCAAGCAGAAAUUAAGAAAACAAGAAUUGGAAUCAAACGAACUCAAUAGUAAAAUAAACGAAUUGGAAGAAAAAUUAAACGAUAAAGAAAAAUUGUUAAAUUCCGUUUUAAAUGAAAAAAAAGAAUUGAAUGCAAAUUUUAUAAAAUUGGAAAAAAUUCAUAAAGAUCGAGAAAUGAAUACGUCAGAGGAAAAAGAACUCAAAAAUAAAGUUAGUCAACUUGAAAAUGAUAUUUUUGAAAAAAAUAAGAACAUAAAAAUAUUACAACAAAGAUUGUCGGAUAUAAAAAAAACACUUCAACGUGAAUUAAAAGUGCCUUCAACAGCCAUAGAUCCCGGAGGAUCCGAGUCAUCAGAUAAAUACGUUUUAAAACAGGAAUCACUACAGCAAUUGUCUGUGACGUCAUCAUCAGGAGUAGGAGGAUUUCGAAACGAUGAUAAUAAUUACGAGGAGAGUCGGGACGAUGUUAAUUUUAAAUAUUUAAAACACGUUCUCAUGAAAUUUUUAACGAGUCGAGAAUGCGAGGCUCAACAUCUCACGAGAGCUGUCGCGACUCUUCUUAGAUUUUCCGCCGAAGAAGAAAAAUUACUUAAAGAAACGUUAGAAUGGAAAAUGUCAUGGUUCGGGACCAAACCUGAUUUAGGAAAUGGACAAACGGCUAAAAGUAUACCCCCCAGGUGA